GCGAUGGCUAUUUGGCGCACCUUAAGACGCUACCACAGCUGCGCGUUCCGGCUCUCAUAAACGCGGAAAGCCAUGAAUCCAUCCGGCUCACCCCACCACGACACCACCAACGACCUCUGGCGCGAGCCCAGCAGCUGGCUUUCGCCCGACUCGCCCAACGCAUCCUUUGAGUACUUGACUGGCACCUCGUCUGCCCCAGGAUCACCCGCGGGAUCAUCCCACCACACGCCGGAGGGUAGCAGACCAGCGAGCCCGCAGACCUCAUUUCUCCUCGCGGAGCUGCUAGACUACAGUAUGCCCGCCUUUCAACGAGCCGAUGCCGGCGCGGGGCCCACCCUCGACUUUGGGCCCGACGCGACCUGGAUGCCGAGCGACGCUGCGAUAACGAGCGAACUGGCGAACGCGCUGGGAAGCACGGCGGGCGGCGGGUAUGUGGGAUCAUCUCGUCCCGGCCAUGGACGUCAUCAGUCGGAAGACUCGCCGACGAUCAUGAUACAGCCGCCGUCUCGGGCAACGACGAUGCUGACUCCGCCCGACGCCGAGUACGCCAACUCGUACGGCGAAGGCAUGAGAUGGAUGCAAGGCUCGCAUCAGCAAUCCUACACGUACGAAACCGAGCCGUCACAGUCGGUCUAUUCGGAUCCGCACGGCAGUCCCCAUUCCAUAUAUUCCGACCUGGAACCCAUCGACCUCUCUCUGGACACCAGCUUCGAAAGGACCGUGCUGAACCAUCAGCAGGAGACCCCGGCAUCCGCGGGAACCCCGACACAUCAAGUAGGCACCCCGACACAUCAAGUAGGCACACCGACUCACCAAGCAGGCACCCCGACUCACCACUCUCCGCUCACUCCUCCCGAGCAAUCGUACCUACUCGACCAGCCCAUCUCGCUCCCUGACGACUUCGGGGGAGCGAACGUCCGCCGAAGUCGGUCUCUCACCGACAACCUCGGUCGUAUCAAGACGGACGUCAUGUACCCUCUCGACGCCUUCGGUGUCCCCAUGGAUCCCAACACCUACCUCACCCCCAGCGGGCAGAGCCUGCGCGGCCGAUCGCAGUCGCUGCGCGAUCCCGCCGGACGCGGACGUGGCGCCUCGAGCGGCUCGCGCUCCUCCCACCGCACGAGCCCCUACAACAGCCGACCCACGAGCCGGGGCCACAGCCCGAGCAGCGACAGCAGCCUCCCGCCCGACGGGCCGUAUCAGCACGUGCUGCCUGCCCAGCCGCCCGCCAGCGGGUACUGGAGCUCCGCGGAGAUCCCAGGCCUCAGCAACGGCACGAUGCACGCGGGCCUGCCCAUGAGCGCGCACGUCCACCCUGGCAUGCGUCCGCGGGGGCUCUCGAACCCGGGCCCGGUGCGCAUGCACGGCGAGUGGGGCGUCCCGGCGCCUGAUAUGUAUCGAGGCAUGGGUGGUGGCGGCGGGGUCGCUCCCGCGUCGAUCGGGCUCCUUCCCCCGGACCUCGUCAAGCCGGUGGUCAUGACCGAGGGCAUCGCGGAGGCCGCGCGCAAGGCGCGCAAGAAAGAAGCCAAGUUCAUCUGCAGAUUCUGUCAAGCCGGCCUUACGACGCGCAUCAACCGCGACAACCACGAGAAGGCGCACCAAGGCAUCAAGGAACAUAAAUGUACUCAUUGCGGCGACGAGUUCACACGCAAGGCGGAUCGAGACCGACACGUCCAGAAGAUGCAUAUCAGGCCUGCAGCCACGAGCACCAAGGUGGAGCUCGGCGAGCCCGCGAAGUCCGGUACCAGCCAACCGGCGACCAAGGAUGAGCGAUAGCACGACAUUCGAUAUACACCAUGUACUCUUACGUGUCUCUUUCUCCCUGAUCGAUGUUCUUCCGUGUCCGUGCGUUGCUUCUGCGUCCUGUCUCGCCCAUUGACUAUUGCCGUCCAAUCGCCAUGAAUUGUCGUUUGUUUUUUCGUCGUAGCCACACAUAUUCGUCUUACCUUCGGAAACCUCCGUACCUUCGUCACCUGCCUGCCCAUCUCCUCCAAAUACCC